AUGUGUAUAUCUCGAGUGAGAUCAUUUUCCGAAUAUGCGAUCUACGUUUCCCGUUGGAAAGACAAAUCAAACGCGGAUAAAAUUGCUCAUUAUGAAAGACAGGAAAAAGAGAAGAUUGAUGAAAUUAUGAUUCUUAAAAUGAAUAAGGAAGAGCUGGAAAGGAAGUUUGACGACCUUGAGUCUAAGAACCAAGAGCUUCUCGAUGAAAUCAGAAUCCUCAAAGCCAACAAAGAAAAGACGGAGCAAGCACUUAGAGAAAAAAUUGAAUUUGAAAAAAAAAUUUAUGAAUGCAUCGGUGCCAAAGAUCGUGACACACCAAAAAAGCAUAAUACCUGUCAGUUGGAUAGAUUAUAUAAUAAAAGGCUCAAUGGAAAACAAGAAAUCACGAUGGCUCUACACAGAGAAAGCGAAAGAUUGAAACUUGAGGCGGCGAAGUGUCAAAUGGCAUUCGGAGGUGUCGCGAAUUUUGGAUGGUGUGACGAAGAUCCAAACAACCCGGGGCAACUGAUCAAGGACAUUGAAAAACUUCAACGAGACUUGUCUAGCUUCACAGUAAUCAAGGGAAAGGAAGUAAAAAUUCAUCAAGAUGCAGUUUCCGAACUUUUCGAGCGUUAUAAAUGCAAGACGUCAAUCAACGAUAAGACGAUGAAGCAUGUUUUGAGUGCAACUCUACAGCGGCAUAUAUUAGAAAUCAUCGCUCAACGUUCGGAAAAAUACCUUCAUUAUUCGAAUGUUUCGAAGGAUAAAUUAGACACCCUUACUGAUAUACCAGACGAGAGGCUUGAGGUUGGCAUAAAAUUACGCGCAAAUGACUUGUGCAAUUUGUUAGAAAGAUUCUGCGAAUCCACAAGUAGCAGUGAUGAUUAUCAUUUACGUGCUUCGCCAGUAAAAUUACGCCAACAAAUUUAUGCAAUAUUAUGCGAUAGAGGUUUCACCAGUCAGAAUCAUCCGUUCAUCCAGGAAGUUGUCAAGGAUCUGUUGGUAUCCAUGGAUAAAUAUCGAACAAUCGAAUCAAAAGAAAAGAACGAAAAACUUGCAUCAAAAGCAGCUUCAUUGGUUCAACAAGUCUUAAAUGUUUUUUAUUUCAAACUAAAUACACAAGAUCCAGUACCCUUGUUUAAAUUUUAUGAAAGCGGUAGAAAGGUCGAUACCAAAGUUAUGGAAGGAAUUUGGAAUGGGGAGCCCGGAAAUUUUGAAGUUGAAAUCUGUGCAUUUCCGGUGGUGGCCGUCAUGAAGGAUGAAGAUGAAAAAAAUGUAUUAACCAAAGCACGUGUUUUGGUCCGAAAAAUGGGAUAA